GUACGCAAUAUAAGUCGACCGAUUUAAAAAGUCCAUCAAAGCGACCAUUAUUUCUCGUUUCUCCAUUGACUAAGUGUGGUUUUUAAUUUAGUAGUAUAUCAAUGGUAGCUUUCGUACUGCUUCAUGAAGUCAAAAUAAGAGGGAAAUAUUUAAAAAUAAUGGCAUUUAUGUAUACAGGUCACAAAGUUAUAAAGCAGACAGUGAAUGUUAAGUUUUAAUGAGAUGUUAAGCAAAUUAUGGACAUGUGCGGUUUGUGAAAAGAUGUAAUAUUCCUGCUUAGUUUAUUCUUGUUAGAAUAUUCUAAUGUUGAUUGUGUUUUGAUUGUAAUUUAUGACGACUGAAAUGGAGGAGUUGAGGUCCAAACACAAAACACUGCAGAGCGCGGCUCACCACAUUGCCCUGGAGUGUAUACACCCUCAGUGUGGUUGCACAAGUUGGUGAAGCUAUACUUAUGCAGAGUAAGAUUCUUGAGAUUUUAAUUCUUUACCCACAUAAAUGGUUGUGGUGUUAAAAUAAUGAAUUGACUUUCUUGAGAUCAAGUAAUUUUCUAUUACUCUGGUGUAAGUAUAAGGUUAAGCUAUGCCAAGGCACGGUUGUUCACAGUGGUGUUUGUCCACCCAUGUCUGUACAUUGGAACUAGCAGUCUACACAUGGGUCACCAUAUCACGUACACCCGUACCCCUCUCCCGUACGGCUCCAGCAUGCGUUCCAGAGCACCCAGCACAGCCCCAAGAUGUUUCAUCCAAAGGGGCUCAAACCGCACCUUGAUCCACGGGCGUAUGGAACGCCAAAUGACAGUCCUAUUUUGGGCCGGGCAUUAUGCCUCACUCCUCGAGGCAGUCCGGUGCCAGGGCGAGUCUCCCACCUAAAUGAGAAGUUCCAGGACUCAUUGACACUAACAUCCGAUACCGAUGCUCUGGUCGCCAAGAUAAGCGCAAUGUUCCCAACUGUCAGCGAGACACACAUAAAAAUUUUGCUGAAAAAGUACUACAAUAGAGAAGCAGUGGUGAUAUCAGCGCUCCAGGUGGAGAAACAUCCUAUUACCACUCCCGGGCCUCUGACCAUGUCGCCGUCUGCGGUGCGGUUGCAGAAAAGCGCUCCAGGUCUGCAUUCUGCCUUACAGCUUGCUAAAGGCAUGUCUGGCUCCAUUCCAGGCUCCAGUCAUUUCACACCGUUGACCGGUACACCACAUGGUUCUCCAUCACUACUACGACCAGCAUCUGGGGCUUCCAGUUACUACGGUGCCAGGUCUAUCGACGGUCAGCCGGCUCGACACCAAAGCCCUAAAAUGAAGCUCAAGUACCUCAAGAGUAUUUUCCCGAAGGCAGAAGAGACACUGAUCCUAGAUGUAUUGGCGAACAAGGAUAACAACGUGCAGAAAGCGAGCGAGGAGCUGAUAGGCAUGGGGUUCAGUAAGAAGGAGACUUUAGUGACCACACAGAAGAAGGAACCUACGCCGCAGCCUCAGAAGAAAGUCGUCACGAUUAUGAAGACUUUUGCUGAGAAGUGUGAAUUAAAAGAAAAACUUCAGAAGAAAUACACUGGUAUAGCGGAGAGAGUGAUAGCCUUGGCGUUAGAGAGCGUGGACUAUCAUGAAGAGAGGGCAGAACAGAUCCUGAAUGCUGUGCUGCAGGAUGAAGCAGCACCUAAAGCUGCGAAGGCCGAGGUCAAGGAGACGUUGAGACCAGCCACUGCGGAGCCGAAAAGAGGUUUUCACGCGGAGGUGCGCUCGCCGAGCCCGGUACCCGCGCCCCCCGCAUCCCGCCGCAUCAAGACAUGGACCGAGCACUUGAAGCCGAUUUUGAAGACCAGUAGCAGCGUGGAUGCCAAGUUCAAGUCACAGUAUAGCUCGCCCACGAAAGGUCCUAAUCCUUCGCUACGACAAGGACCGAAGGACAGUUUGCUACUGGAGGACUAUAUUCCUUGGACGGGACCAGACCCUGAUUUGCGCAGUGGCCAAGGUGUGAAGCCUGACGGGCCGGAGACCCGUGAAAGGCUCUUCUCUCUAGCUCGUGGCCCCUCAGGGCUCGCGAAAGGUGCCGCAGGACUCGCCAAAGGAUCUCUAUAUCAGAAACUGAACAAGAAAUCUGCAAAAAUAAUCGGCUGAACGGAUCGAGCUUACGACCCACCAUCUUCGCGUACCACGUAAUCUCUUAGCUUAGUUUAGUAAAUUACUUACAAGAAGUACAGGUAGCGGUGACGUAAUGUAAUAUACAUAUCUGCGCGGUUUCACUGGCUGCCAGGCUGCUUAUAAACCUCUCAGCUUUGUCCUUUGAAAAAAAAUAUGAGCGUUAACUGUCCUAUUAUUGGACAGAGGUAUAGUAUAGUCAUGUGUAUUUGUUUUUUAUUUCGCGAACCAUUUGUUGUCUUCUGCCGACCCUCGUUGUCUACGGACCACCUGUUGGGAACCACUCUUCUAGAAUUAGACAGAGACAACACUACAGAGCCAGUAAGCACUUAUCUUCCAUCUCACCUAAACUAUAGUUCGCCCGUUCAGAGAAUGCGUUCCUGACACGUCGCGAUUGAACUGACGACGUAACUUUGUAAUGGCGUUGCAGUUACGAUAAAAAUAUGUUUGCUGGUUGUUUACCGUUUUAACCAUUGAUGAGCAUUAAAACAACAUUAUUAUAUCAAUAAUCAAUUAAUGUUAUAAUUUUGUGCCAAACUUGUGUCAAAUAACUUGGUAAACAAUAUUUUUCUAAAUCUAUACUGCGCUAUUACAAGGUUAUGUCAGCGCUUUAUAUUUUGUAGUGCUGUGCUAAAAACACAGGCAAGUAUCGUAAUCUGUUCUUAUACAGGAAUCGGAUCGGAUCAGAUCGUAGUCUGAUUAAUAUUCUGUACGCACAUUAAAAUUCAAUGUUACUUUAUUACAUAGAAAUACAGAUUGUAACUUUGUAACAAAGAAUAAUUUUAUUAUAUGAAUAUAUAUUUACAACACACAAUAACAAUUUUAUUAUAUAUUUUUGGUCUCCACUUAAAUAACUAAAAUAUAAAUUUUAAAUGAUUACGCCGAAUUUAAAACGAAAAUAAUUAAAUAAAAUAAUUUAAUAAUUUAAUUUAAAAUAAUGCGGCGGAUCAUUUUGGAGGAUCGGUUACGAACUCAGUGUUAUGUUGUGCCCAUCACUAGUCGUGACUAACUGAUAGGUGUCAGGAACGUAUUCUCUGAACGGCCGAAGUAUAAAUUAUAUUAUACCACCGUCACUUGUGCAGUGUUUCAUCUAUCAGCAGGAUUGGAAUAAAAUGACUUAUGGCCGUUUUCACUAGCGAAUUUAGAACGUAAUUUGUAGCCCCAUUUCUACCAGUUAAUAAAAAGUCUGUCAAACUGGCUCUAAGGUUCCCGGUUCUUUAGUGCGAGUUUAUUUUACGUUUAACGAAAGCCCGUUCGGCGCUGUAAUUGGCCGGCUCCAAUGAACCAACCAACCACCACUAAGUGUGGGAGAGCCAUGCUUCGGCACGAAUGGAUCGGCUCGACCGGAGUGAUAAAGGCCUCACAGAAAACCGACGUGAAAUAACGCUUGCGUUGUGUUUCGUUGUAUGAGUGAGGUUACCGGAGGCCCAAUUGUUUCCUUCCCAAUCCCCGAUUCCCCAACAACCCUUAAAUUCCCAACCCCCAAGAAGCUGGCAACGUACUUGUAACGCCACUGGUGUCCAUGGGCGGCGGCGAUUGCUUACCAUCAGGUGAUACGUUAGCUCGUUCGGCGUGUUCCAUUAAAAAAACCAAUCAAUCACAGCGCCAAACCUCGUUUUGUUCUCGUUAUUUUCAUGCCAUACCAACAGGGUUUUAGUCAAUUUCUUGACAAAACCGAAGUACAGCUUUAUUAUUAUUAUUUCCACUUUAUUCUUAAGAAAUAUCAUCAAGAUUUAGAUUUCAUAUUUGUAUUGUAGGAUAUUAUAUUCCACGCUCUUAGUCUUAAUAAGUCAUGGGAAUUAGGCUUAAGCUGUCAUUUAAUUCAAAAUCUUGUUGUUAAAUGAAACGUAACACGCAUUCAAUUUGUUAUGUUAUAAUGAUCUCAUUAUUUUUUAAUACAUUCCUUGAUAAGCUUUUGCUCAAGAAAAAUAUAUCGAUUAGAAUAAGAGACAUUCUCUAAAAUUAAUUCUUGCCUAAAUAAUGUUUAAUGCUAUUUUUAUAUGAACAGAAACUCAGCAAGAUCCGUUUUUAUAUAUCCUUGUUAGUUAUAAAAGGCUAGAGUGAAAUUUCCUACUCUAAAGAACCCUAAAUCGUUUUUACUUCAUAUUGAAGAGUAGGUUCAGGUGGCAAUGACUAAAACACUGUGAGCUCAUCUUUGAGUGGUUUGAAGAUUUAAACUUACCGAGGAUUCGAGAUAUUGAAAGAUAGAUUGAUAAGUAUCAAGACACGAGUGUGGUCCAAGAUUUGAUGUGUUUGGUCAUAUUAGUUUAAGUCUUAUAAAGGGGUUUACAUAGCACACGAACCUUUAGGUAGAUUAAACUCAUACCGUUUUGGCGAUUUCAAUAAUCAAUUAGAAGAACUCCUUUGUCCCCUCCAUCCAGCUCUAUGAACGGACGCGCCUUCUGUAUAUAGUACAAAUGUACACAGUAUAUAUAUACUAGACAGCUGACCCCAUUCUCUGUUCCAUCUAAAUUAAAUCCUCUUUUUUAACCGACUUCAGAAAAGUAGGUUCUUGGAAGUCUGUAAUAAAAUCGUUCGUCCACUCAAUGUUGUGAACAUUGAGUUUUCCAUAUUUCAAUCUAGGUACGUUAAUUUCAGUUAGAUCGGUUGCUAGUAUAAUUUAGGAUAAAUAUUGUUCAUUGCCAAAAUGUUUUUGUUGUGGUUUGUUUAUUUUAUAUUGAAUAUGUCGCUUAGACUUUGAACUUUUAUCUGAUAUACAAACGAAGACUCCAACUGACAAAUGUCUAAAAUAAGAUUCUUUUUUAAUGAAGUAAAAUAUCCGUUCCUACUCCUGCUUUUCUAGUCGGAGCCUCGAUAAACCCGUUAGGUAGUCCGCAGAUCCGGGAGUGAACGUAGGCUAUGUUAUAAAAUUUUAAGUAGCUAGUAAUCUUAGGAUCCUCCUACGUCUCUCCUACUUUGAAUUAUCAAUAAAAUAACAGACUGUGUAAAUAAAUAGUAAUUUUCAACAUAAAUUCUUAACCGCUUCUAAAAGCUUAUAAACAAUAAGUUUAUAAGCUUUUAGAAGCGGUUGCGCCCACUUUCUAAUGGGAAUAUAUAAAUCUACCCCGGUUCCAAACUUCGUUUUGAUACCUUCAGCAGUUUUGACGUUUCUGUUUGAGAGUAACAAUAACAAGCAAACAUAUGAACUUUCGUUUUCACAAUUAAUAUUAAUAAGACUAACGAUAUAAAAUUAACAAGCCAAAACAAAAGUCGAUAGACUUGCGUUGUGCCCUGUUCUUCCGAUGCGAAAGUAUUUGCGUUAUUAAAUAGAUGUAAUUAGUAAUUGUAUUGUAAUUACUAUAUCAGGGAAUCUUUAAUCCGGCCAUUGAAGUGUAUGGGGAAAAUGUUUAACGGUCAAUACCUAACUAUCUGUACAUUUGCCUGCUAGAGAUAGAAUUUUGACACAUUUUGUAUGGAGCUUAUGUCAAACAGUGAACAGAUAGAUAGGUUAUUGAAAUUGGCCUUAAAUGAGUGUAAGAAUUUUGAAAUAUUUUGUGGAAUGAUACGAGUGAAGAGAAUGUUAAUAAGCUAAGCGGAUAGACAAACGUGGCACUAAAUGUUGUAAAACGAAUCUUGCUUCUAUUACAUAUACAAUAAGAACGUUUUUGGAUAAUAAAUUGUGUAGGAUAUUUCAAAUGUUCAUAUGGACUGUGGCCAUCGAACAAAGAGUUUGGGCAAAAGCCAUGUAAACUUGUAAAUCACGCAAAAGCUUACUUUAUUAAUAUAGCCGUUAUAGUUGAUUUUUCAGAGGCAGUUUCAAACGAAUGGAAAUACUAAAGAAAAAUGAACUCGGUAACAAGGCGAUACAGUUCAAUAUUCAUUGGCUUAUAAGACUCUUUGUUCGACAGUACACAACCAUAUUCCCAAAUAACCAAAGUAGCAAAUUAAUAAAACAAUACUAGCCAUAGACAUAAUUACAUUACAUUAUAUAAAGUAAGUAGUAGGUGUACUUAUGCAAAUGGAUAAUAAUAAUAAUUUAAUUAUACUUUAUAGAAACAAUUUUACAAAACCAUUCUCCUUAAAACGGCACAGGGACAUAAUUCUGUUUGUUUAGUUUUUAAACACAAAAUAUAAUUAUAUGAUUAUAGGGAUAUUUAUGAAACACCAAAAAACUGCCGCACUCAUAGACAUUUAAUGAUUACUUAAACUUUUCCUUAGUAAUGAUUUUGUUUUGAAAACAAUUGCUACGGUUAAAUAUAAACAGGUGCAUUAAAGAAAGGAACCUCAAAUGGUAGCAUGUACUUUCAUUGACAGAUAGUAAGAUCAACAUAGAAAAUGGCAAGAUAACAUUGUUAAAUUAAAAAUAAUAAAAACAAGACUGGGUCACAUUAAUUUCAAAGUAUCUGCCAACAGAUUCACCCGGUUGAAACUAGACAAUUUGAAAGACACAUGGCGUCAUAUACAUAUUAUCAUUAGAGUAUUAUAAAUCACGGACCGCGGCGAAACAGCGUGAAAUCGAAUCAAGAAUAUUUUUUGUCUGCAUACAGUACGCGCGAGAGUGAGCAGAGACGGCACUAGUGUGUCAGAGAACAUAAGCACCAUUUAAGAUUCCUUUGUUUAAUAAACCGAGUUAUAACCAUUAAAGGACUCUGAGUAUGGCGGUAAGGCAGCAUCGCUAUACAAAUGGUACAAACGUUAGUUGAUUAGAAAAGAAUAGAAAAGUCAUACCAUCGUUAUACAUUCAUGUCAAUCAUAUACAUACACAUUUUUGUAUCCAUAUGGAUGCUGUACAACAAUAUCUGACGUGUUGAAGUUAUUGUUUUAUACAGCCUACCAUUAUUAAAAUACUGCUUUGAAAAGUCACAAUAUUACACGUUUAAUGUCAAUUAGCUCUUACCACCGAGCUGACAUUCGCUGCUAAUUAGCACACAUAAAUUAUUUUUAUAUAUAUUAUACUAUAAUAAUAUAUAAUCGUUUUAGAAGUUAUUGAAUACUAUAAUGUCAGUGCAAUAUCGUUAUCGAGUCGUUUUGAUAUUAAUCAUAAUAUUUAUGCACGGCUAGAAAAAUCAGCCAAACUUAGACUUUAUUUCUAUUUUCGUAAAAAACAAGCGACACGUAGGUAUGUAAUUGUGGUAGAUUUUGUGUACACUGUUCUAUGUACAUACUUGUGACGUCAUUAGCAAUGACAGUUAGAGAGUUUGUUCCCGGUGAUUAUUGCAUUUUUUUAAUAAUAUACACGAACAAUUUGACUUCCCUUUUUCAUAAUUUAGUAUUAACGGCUGUGUUUAUAAAAGAUAAAUAAGUAUUCCUUCAGUAUACAUUUCUUAAUAUGAUGGUUUCGAAAGUAUUGUAAUAUUUUGUGCCAAUUUUAUCAUUCAUACAUCUAGAUGUUGUGUAAUGUAGCGUGAUAAUAUGUCCACAGUACCGUCAUCGAUGUUAUGUUACAGGUCUGACUUCCAUGUUAUGUUUACACGUGCAAUAUGUUAGUUUUUACUAUAGGUAAUCGUUCGAAUAGAUUCGAUGGAAGGCGUGGCUCUUUACCGGAUGAAUCGUUUCUACUAUAUUUAAAAGUAUAUUUAGAAUCAGGUUUCAUCUUAACUUAAUGUUCCCAUAUGUUUAUGGGUGUUGCAUAAUUUUAGAAGAGUAGAUUAAUUUUGUCAUCUGGCAAGACUAUAAGAUUAAUUUAAUCUGGCAACACUAGACAAGUAAUCAUUCCAAAUGUAUCUGUAGUUAAUUGUAGUCUGCUAGCCAAAUGAAAAUCUGCUGAAUUUGGUGCAAUAUAACGUAAAGAACACGUCUUCUAGUAUUCUAGUUGGUAUUCUUAUGACAAAAUGUAGUUGUUAAGUGUUAAAUCAAAUUUAGACUUCGGCCAUAAUGACAUAUCUUUUGAGGCUCAGUCUCUCCAUGAUCUAGUUGAGAAUCUAGUCAAUUAGGAUAAUAUUAUUACGUAGCCACGCCACAUUAUUUUUGUGAAUUAUUGUCUCAAUAAAAAUAUUGGUUUUGUCCAUUGAA